CAUCAAACUUGCACUCGAACUUUCAUCCAUACUGUAAACUUGCAUACAGCAUCAUGAUAUGCACUUCGUUGGGGCAAUCCUUUCCUGCUCCAAAGGUGAUGUUGGAUCAGAUUAUGGAAAAACAGAGCGUAGCGGCUGGCAACCAACCGGCGCAGGCAAUUGACUCUAGAUCCUUAUUGACUACAUGCGUCCGUGAUCGGAUUGCAUUAGGCAAUUCCACUGAAGCGAUGGCAAAAAGGCAUUGGCAACGACAUACGAAGUUCGCUCUCUACAGCCAGUUGGCGAAUACAUUUGUGCUAGUCAACUGCCGCCGAGCUCGAGUCCAGAUAGCAGACCAAGUGAACCAUGUUCCCCAUCAGACACUCCCUAUGACCCACCUACGCGUAUUUCCUGAACGUUUGACGGUGCCGGGUCCGCCAGAAAUGAGGGAGUCCUUCCCCGACCGCACACCACCUACUCCCACUUCUACUACGGCCACAACUCGUCCUCCUAUUUCUGUGAACACCAGGUUUAAUAAGAGUUUUCUGAGUGGCUACCCAGACCUUUCCCAGAUUUCACCAAGCCAGCGGACGCCUAUCUCACCAGAUGAUUUCGUUCACCGACCUACACUUUCUCGUGCAGCUACCUUCGGUGGUAGCUCGGAGGGCCCAUCACUCACCACACGGUCUUAUCUGAGCCCCCGUCGGCAUACAUUGGCAGUGCCAAACUCUCCAGACCGUGAACCCAUAAGCCGACCAGGCAGCGCCCAGUCAAAUGUGUCUCUUGGUCGAAAUUCAUAUCGAAAACAUGAUGGACAAGCCCCACGCCCUCGCUCCCCCACUCCGAGCCUUUACGAAAGCUCAUCGAAUAUGUGUGGCCCGUCUUCCGCUACCCUCGCCGCGGCUGUGGCGUCGGAUGCUGAUGGCUCACAGGUUCCUUUUGCUCCGCGCGCUUCAUCUUCAGGCCAUGCGCAUUCGAGGGACACUACUGGACCACGUUUUGCUCCAAUGUCAGCGAAUGGAGUCAAGCGUUUUGAUCGACAUUCCCGAGAAUUUGCUAUGAUCGAUCCUUCAAUAUCUGACUACAAGAUCAAGGCCUACCAAGUCGAAUACCCCAGUCACGACGGAAACCUUCCCGAAGGCUGGACGGCGCAUGUACACCCGGAAGGUGCCCGCUACUUCCUGCAUGCACAGACAAGAACAUAUACAGAGUCAGAUGUCUGUUCACAGGAGGUAUUGCACGACAUCACCUACUUCUCAAAUUAUCUUCACGGAGAACUUCGCAUCGCCAUUGACACCAAAAAGAUUGACGUUGACUACGACGAUGUAGAACUAGUGCUUGAGCCGAAGAAAGCAGGUUGUGCGGAUAUCAUAUGCUGCUACUACUUCGUCAACCCUCCAGAGAGAUGUCUCUUCUGGCUAGAUGAAUAUGAUGCAGAGGAUAUGCUAGGGGAAUGUCGGGGGUUACUGCUUUAUCUCACAAACGUAAGACUGGCAGUUCAAGCUCAAUACUGGAAGCACUGGGAAUUGUUUCCCAACCUUUGCCCAGUUGCGCACGAUAUAUUGGACGAGCUAAAGGAACUCAUGCUCCAUGCCACUUGCGAUCACCUCACAACCACACGGUCUGCAGCAGCGUUAAGCGCCGAUGAACUCAAGCAGUACUUUGAAAUUGUGAAGUGGAUAAAGGGUAAUGCCACGCCUAUUCUUCUUCCUCUCAACCAAGCUAUUAUCACAGGACGCUCAAUAUUUUCCUCAGGUCGCAACCAGUACCUGAACUUCCAUGGUCAGCCAUGUGCUCGGUUAAGUGUCGACCAGACAGUGCGCGGCUGGAGUUAUAAGCCAUCGAUUUACAUGACUAUAUUUGCUCCACUCCUAUGCAUGGCCCCCGUUGCUCACGUAAGGUCCCUGCACACCAGCUUUGUAGACGAUCUCGCAAGUACCUCAGAGUGGAAGAUAUUCAUCACGAAACUGAAUGGGCAACUCCAGAACCUAAACCUUCUUGGUACGGUGCUCCUCGGUGCCAAUGUUGGUUUUCUGGCAAUCCAAUCAGUUGACUCAGGUGCCGGGCGUUCACCGACGCAAAUAGCUAGUUACAUGUCGCUGGUUCUUAGUUUCGGCUCUAUUUCCCUGGGUCUGACGUUCAUCACUCUGGAUCUCACUGGCAGAGAUCGCGGCUCUGAAGCUUCAAGGUUUCUGCAACGGAUGAAUGACGGAAAACACGGCCUGGAAAAGUUGGCGAUGAUCUACAGUCUCCCUUACGCAUUGCUCAUGUGGAGCAUGCUCUUCUUCAUCGCGGCAUUCUCCUACGAAUGGUGUAAACCCGGAGACGCAGUUUCUAGGUCUAUCGUCGGUGCCGUACUAUUUACUGUCUGCGGGCUCGUCCGUGCGCCGUGGUGGUGGGAGUCAGACCAGCCGGAAGUGGUCAGCAAGGUGACCAGCGAAGAGACCAACAAGCGCCCGGAUCAUAAGCGUCCCAGUCUUGCUUCUCGUCUGCGUGGCUGGUUUGCUACCGCAAAUAAACGAGUUUCAGUGGCCUCUGUUCGCAGUGCACGCAGCGGACCACCACCUCAUACCCGAGAGGGGACUCGGAUGUCCGUACCGCUCAUCUCGUUUAGGCGCGCGACAGUGAGCCAGCAGCAUCCGCCCAAGAUCACCGUGACCCAGAGACCUGAAUCAGGGGAACCAAAUGGCACGAGUCGUACUCCGGUAUCAGAGGUGGGAGUGGGAUAUAUGGGAUAUAUUUGAAAUGGACAAGAUGCGUCCCUUAGAGAUACUUUUCACGUUACUCAUGUCACGUCGCGUUGAUAUUAUACUUAGACUUGGCUUAUGGCGCCAUAAUUUCUUCGAAUAACGCUGGGAGUCCGGACCAACACUUAAUCAAUGUUU